AGCCCCGAUCUGCGGUGGCGCUGCGGGCAGAGGGUGCUCCGAGCCUCUGGCCACUGGCGCGCCGAGGAUCGUGCGAGCGCCGCAUCUGCGAGCCCGCUAGUCGGGCUGUCGCAGCGCGAGGACCGCCCUAUAAGGAGCUGCCGCUGACAUGAGUGCAGUGUCGCAGCCCCAGGCUGCUCAUGCCCCGCUGGAGAAGCCAGCUAGCACUGCGAUCCUGUGCAGUACCUGUGGGAAUGUGUGCAAGGGUGAGGUGCUGCGUGUGCAGAACAAGUACUUCCACAUCAGGUGCUUCGUGUGCAAAGCGUGUGGCUGCGACCUGGCCGAGGGAGGCUUCUUCGUGCGCCAGGGUGAACACAUCUGCACACGAGACUACCAGAGGCUCUAUGGCACUCGCUGCUUCCGCUGUGACCUCUUCAUUGAGGGGGAAGUGGUGUCAGCGCUUGGCAAGACCUACCACCCCGACUGCUUCGUGUGUGCCGUCUGCAGGUUGCCCUUUCCUCCUGGAGAUCGCGUGACCUUCAACGGGAAGGAAUGCAUGUGCCAGAAGUGUUCUCCGUCCACGACGCUGGGUAGCAGUGGUCACCUGGCCCAGGGCCUCCGGAGUUGUGGGGGCUGCGGCCUAGAGAUCAAGAAUGGCCAGGCCCUGGUGGCUUUGGACAAGCACUGGCACCUGGGCUGCUUCAAGUGCAAGACCUGUGGGAAACUCCUCAAUGCAGAAUACAUCAGCAAGGAUGGGCUACCCUACUGUGAGGCGGACUAUCACACCAAGUUCGGCAUCCGCUGCGAUGGCUGUGAGAAGUACAUCACAGGCAGAGUGCUUGAGGCCGGGGAGAAGCACUACCACCCUUCGUGUGCGCUAUGCGUCAGGUGCGGCCAGAUGUUCUCAGAGGGCGAGGAGAUGUACUUGCAAGGCUCCUCCAUCUGGCACCCAGCAUGUCGACAAGCAGCCAGGACUGGAGACAAGAGCAAGAUGCACAGCUCUGUUUGCAGCCAGCCCUGCCCGGGCACCGUGCCCUGUGCCUUACAGGAAACCAGGACUUCCUCGGAGAGCAUUGUCUCUGUGCCUGCCUCCAGCACGUCGGGGUCCCCAAGCCGUGUGAUCUAUGCGAAGCUUGGCGAUGAGAUCCUGGACUACCGGGACUUGGCUGCUCUUCCCAAAAACAAAGCGAUCUAUAACAUUGACCGCCCCGACAUGAUCUCCUAUUCGCCCUACAUCAGCCACUCGGCCAUGGGGGACAGGCAGAGCUAUGGCGAGGGGGAUCAGGAUGAUCGGUCCUACAAGCAGUGCCGGACCUCCAGCCCCAGCUCUGCUGGCUCCGUCAGCCUCGGGCACUACACCCCAACAUCACGGUCACCCCAGCACUACAGCCGCCCAGCUGGUACUGUGAGUGUUGGUACCAGUAGCUGUCUGUCCCUGUCCCAACACCCAAGCCCUACAUCCGUGUUCAGACAUCAUUACAUCCCCUACUUCCGAGGCAGCGAAAGUGGCCGUAGCACCCCAAGUCUCUCGGUGCUCUCCGACAGCAGGCCUCCUUCCUCUACCUAUCAGCAGGCACCGCGCCACUUCCACGUCCCAGACACUGGCGUAAAAGAUAACAUCUAUAGGAAACCCCCUAUCUACAAACAGCACGCUGCCAGGCGAUUGGAUGUGGAGGACAACAGUUUUGAUCAGGACAGCAGGAAGAAGACCACCUGGCUGCUCCUCAAGGGGGAUACAGACACCAGAACGAACUCUCCAGACCUGGACAGCCAAUCUCUGUCCCUCAGCAGCGGCGCUGAACGAGAACCCCUGCAAAGGAUGCCUGGGGACAGCCUCUACUCACGCUUCCCUUAUUCCAAACCCGACUCUCUCCCAGGACCCAGGAAGGAUGGCCUGGACCUCCGGAAUGCCAACCUGGCCCCUUGUGGAGCAGACCCGGAUGCCAGCUGGGGCACGCGAGAAUACAAGAUAUACCCAUAUGAUUCCCUCAUCGUAACAAACCGAAUCCGUGUGAAACUGCCCAAAGAUGUGGACCGGACUCGGCUGGAGAGACACCUGUCACCUGAGGAGUUCCAAGUAGUAUUUGGGAUGAGCAUCGAGGAAUUUGACCGCCUGGCCCUGUGGAAGAGGAAUGAUCUCAAGAAGAAAGCCCUGCUGUUCUGACAGCCGCCAGCAUCUUCCAGGAGCCUGUUGGGGGGCAGAGCUGAGGGACCACAUUGUCCCCCCCACAUCCCCUGCUGCACCUUGCUCUGCUUCUCUGUGUCAGUGGGGCAGGCCGGGUGCCUAUGAGAGGCAGGGUGGAGCCAGGCCCCGAGGAACACCCAGCAGGCAUGGUCCCUUGUGUAGCAAGGAUGCUCCCCGCGCGCCCGUAGUUUAGGGCCAGGUGCCAGCUUGAUCCACUCCUUCCCGCCGCAACUUGGCAUGAGAGCAGGGCUGCAGCCAGCUAUCCUAGGACAUGGGCCAGAGCAUUCAGCCCGCCCAGCACCUUCCCAGUGCACCUGGUGUGUCCAUGCCUGUGCUAGGCACUUGGGCACAGAAGCAUCUGGGAAAGGGGUGAAAGGCUUGUCAGUGGCAGACCCCAGCACAGCAGGGGCGGUAAGCGUGAGGCUUCUCAGAGCAUGCGCAGUGUGCAGGCAGGCUGAGGCAGGGAAGCCAGGCCCAGG